AUGAAUCAUGAUUUUCCUUGGGCCGAGGGUUCAGACUACGCUGAUCCUCUUCCCGAUGAGCAAAUGCCCAGUCAUGACUACGGUCAAAGCUAUGUCUUUCCGGAACCAGCGAACCCUGGUCCCGUCUUCCCGUUUCCGAACUCCCCUUACGUCAUCCCUGAGCCUGCCGUCGCCGAGACGCAAACAGUGGUUGCACUUCCGGUUCAGCCAAAACAACGCCAGGUUCCCCUUCCGGUGGAGUACGGAACGAGUCCAAACUACUUUGAGUCCUAUUCUAAGCCCCGAUCAUUAUGUACGUGUUACGAUGAGGAUGGUGAGUCCGUUAGGGUGGACCAGGGAUCUUCAUCCUUCAGCUGUUACCUCAGCCAGCCAGACGUGGGAAGAUCGACUCUCUCAACAGGCCGAUAUUCUCAGACUGGAGAUGGGGGCACAGUAGGGGCGUGGUCCCUUCCAGAAGGGCGUAGACUAGGAGGUCAUGGUAUGGCGGUGGACCUGACUACCAGUGGUACAGGUGGAUUUGGGACCUUCUACUGCCAGGGAUCGCAGCCUGGCAAAGAUACUACGACAGUGGUUGGGGUCUUUCUGACGUCAAAUCCGAAAAUCAUUCCCACCGAUGGAAGAUUUACGAAGACAGUCAGCCUUGGUGACGUAGAUGUGACACUAGCAAUGACCCUUCGCAGCCCUGCCGACGCUCUGACCAAUCAGGUUCAAUGGCGUAGAAAUGGACAAGAAGUUAUAGAAGACAUGUCGGGAUUGGCCAGUGUCACAUUUAGGCGACCAAUCACAGAGACCGUUGCUGGCGUAUAUGAAUGCUUUUAUGCAAAUGAGAGGAAUCAGGCUCGCCAUGGCAUCGUGAGGCUCAUUGUCCGAGGUUGCCCGACUGGUCGAUGGAAUCCACCUCGCUGUACCGGGGUAUGCGAUGCUUGUUAUAAUGGUGGAAUGUGUGACCACGUGACAGGAUGGUAUUAA